UUGCCUUCACCAUACAUUGCAAACAGCACAAACUCUCCGGAAUCAGCCGGCAUUGCUCUUGAAAAGAAAUUCUUGUCAAAUAACUUACAAUUUUUUCUCCAAUUAAUCAUUAUAAAUCGAAAUACAAUUAAAUUAAUUAAAAUCAAUAUUGAAUUGUAGGAAAUUUUUUUUUUUUUUUUUAUUUUUUCAUAAUAGUCAUAAAAACUAUGCGAUUGAGUGAGAAAGUGUGUGCGUGUUUUAAGAGACCUCCGGAUCCGUGACAGAUAACGGUUACCAGGACAUGAAUUCUCAUUAUAAAGCGGUGACAUUAAUUAAUUGAUGAAUAUCUCAAGGAGUGAGAAAAAAAAAAAAAAAAAAAAAUGCCGAUGGGAUUGUCUACUUUGGCUGGAACCGCAUCGGUUUUAGGAUGGAGUUUAGUACCACUGUUUGCAAUUGGUUUCAGUGUUUUUCGAUAUCAAAAUGCCGAUCCUGAAACUCAUCCGUCCAAUGCUCAAGAGCUAUUGUCAAUGUAUGAUUUUAUAAUUGUUGGAGGUGGAAGUGCCGGUGCAGUAGUUGCUUCAAGAUUAUCAGAAAUUACAAAUUGGAAUAUAUUAUUAUUGGAAGCUGGCAAAGAUGAAAAUGAAAUAUCAGACGUACCAGCUUUGGCUAGUUAUACCCAAUUAUCGGAAUUUGAUUGGAAAUAUAAAACAUCGCCUCCAACAACUUCGGCUUAUUGCCUUGCCAUGGUUGGAGAUCGAUGCAAUUGGCCACGAGGAAGAGUAUUAGGUGGAAGUAGCGUUUUAAAUGCUAUGAUUUACGUUCGAGGAAAUAGACUUGACUAUGAUAAUUGGGCGAAACUCGGAAACACUGGAUGGAGUUACGAUGAGGUGUUACCGUAUUUCAUUAAAUCAGAGGACAAUAGAAAUCCCUAUCUUGCACGCACACCCUAUCACGGUACAGGUGGUUAUUUAACCGUUCAGGAAUCACCGUGGCGAUCACCCCUAUCCAUAGCCUUUCUUCAAGCUGGUGCAGAAUUAGGUUACGAGAAUCGUGACAUUAAUGGCGCUAAUCAAACUGGAUUUAUGUUAUCACAAGCAACAAUAAGGCGUGGCAGUAGAUGUUCCACGGCAAAGGCAUUUUUACGUCCCGUGCGAAAUAGAAGAAAUCUUCAUAUAGCCAUGAAUGCACAAGCAUUGAAAGUAGUCUUCAAUGCUGAAAAGAGAGCAACUGGUGUUGAAUUUCUUCGCAAUGGAAUACAACAAACAAUAAAAGUACGACGAGAAGUUAUUCUCUCGGCAGGAGCUAUUAAUUCACCACAAUUAUUAAUGUUAUCGGGUGUUGGUCAUAAGGAGCAUUUAACACAAUUUGGAAUACCAGUUAUAGCUGAUCUUCAUGUUGGUGAUAAUCUACAAGAUCACGUGGGUCUUGGUGGUUUAACAUUUCUCGUUAAUGAACCAAUAACAGUAACGAAACAACGUUUUCAAACAUUUCCAGUAAUGAUGGAAUAUGUUUUAAAUGAAAGAGGACCAAUGACAACGCCUGGCGUUGAGGGUUUGGCAUUUGUUAAUUCACGUUAUGCCGAUAAAUCAGGUGAAUUUCCAGAUAUACAAUUUCAUUUUGCGCCAAGUUCUGUCAAUUCAGAUGGUGGCGAUCAGAUACGUAAAAUUUUGGCAUUAAGAGACAGUGUCUAUAAUACAAUGUAUAAGCCUUUGGUCAAUGCCGAGACAUGGACAAUUCUACCAUUAUUAUUGAGACCAAAAAGUUCCGGUUGGAUAAGACUUCGUAGUAGAAAUCCAUUGGUGUAUCCUGACAUAAAUCCUAAUUAUUUUACACACAAGGAGGAUAUUGAUGUGCUUGUUGAAGGAAUACGAAUAGCAAUGGCGGUAUCAAAUAGUUCGGCAUUUCAGAGAUUUGGCUCGAGGCCAUUGAGAACAAAAAUGCCUGGCUGUCAAAAGUAUACAUUUGACACCUAUGAAUAUUGGGAGUGUGCAAUUAGACAUUUUACAUUUACAAUUUAUCAUCCAACGGGAACGUGUAAAAUGGGUCCAAAAACUGAUCCAACGGCAGUUGUUGAUCCUCGAUUACGAGUCUAUGGCGUUAAAGGUUUAAGGGUCGUGGACGGAUCCAUCAUGCCAGUGAUAAUGAGCGGAAAUCCGAAUGCACCUAUUAUUAUGAUUGGUGAGAAAGCUAGCGAUAUGAUCAAGGAAGAUUGGCGGGUUAAAGGCAGACAAGUCGGUAGAUGACAGUAGAUAUGUUUAGGUGUGCGAACUUAACAAAAGUGAAUAGUUUCACGCAAGACUUCUAUAUAAUUAUAUUUUUUUCUACUUUUUUAAUCAGACAUGUAAAUAUUCUAAACUAUCUUGCUCAGUUUGACAUGUGCCUUCAAAACCUAGUCUAGUUAUUUUUUUUUUUAAAUAUAUUUUUGUGUGUUUGUAUUUAAUUUAUAUAUGAAAAUAAAAUACCAAAGAAGCUCAUUUAUGUGUUGGAAGUUUAUGGUUGCGUUUUUUCUUUAAUUAUUGUCGUUAUAAAAAAUCAUUCUCUUAGUUCAUUUUUAUUAUCUGCGUUUUGUAUUCAAUAUUAAUUCUUUUAAUUUACGUUGUUGAAAUAACGAUAAAUAAAUUAUAGAAAUCUGUAAUUAACUCUUGGGAAUUUUAAGAAAACUUUUACUAAAUUAAAUAUUUGUUUUUAUUAACUAUACUUUUAAUUAUCAAGUUUAUUACCGAUAAUAAAAAUGUUAAAUGCGAAUAAAAAUAUUGUCCUUAUUAACCAAAUACUUAAUCAUUUUGUAAAACAG